UAUUACUAGAAUGUAUCAUAACUCGUGAUCCAAGAUAUUAUUUAAUAAAAAAUAAAAGAAAUAUUAAGAUUAAUAGAAUUUUGAAAUAAAAUAGACCAAUGGUAUCGUAGAGUAUGAUGAUAUAUGAAAAAAUAAAUAGUAAGGAAUGAAAAAAUAUCAUUGGAGUAACAUGAGUCAUUUGAUUCUACCCUUCUUUUAGUAUAUUUAUUAUGAUAUCUAUAAAUUUUUAAAUAUUUGCGUGAUACCCUCAGUCUGAAGUAAGUAGUGAGUUGCGCGAGCGCAAGACGUCCAGCAGAUUUCCCUUCACCUGGUCUGUUGAGGGAGUUGACCUCUGGUCAAUGACGAGAAGAAGGACAGUUUUAGUUGCAGUCUCCAACGAGACGGAAUGUAUUUUGUGGGCCAAUUAUCCCUUCCUUGCCUAGGAAGACACAAGAAGUCUCGGGCGCCGAGUAAAACCAUGGAGAGAUAUGAAAGACUUGGAAGACUUGGAGAAGGUAGUUAUGGAGUAGUUUUUCAAUGUAGAGAUCGGCAAACAGGAAGACUUGUGGCUGUAAAAAAAUUUCAACAGACAGAGGAUGAUCCACUUAUUAGAAAAAUUGCACUUCGAGAAAUACGAUUAUUAAAGAAUCUGAAGCAUCCAAAUCUAGUGAAUUUAUUAGAAGUAUUUAGAAGAAAACGUAAAUUACAUCUAGUCUUUGAAUAUUGUGAACACACUUUAUUAAAUGAAAUGGAAAAAUACCCACAUGGAUGUCCAGAAAAUAUGACACGAAAACUUACAUGGCAAAUACUUCAAGGAGUUGCUUAUUGUCAUAGACUUGGAUGUGUUCAUAGAGAUGUAAAGCCAGAAAAUAUUCUCAUAACUGGAGAUGGAGUUGUAAAGUUAUGUGAUUUUGGAUUUGCAAGAAUGCUUAGUCCGGGUGAAAAUUAUACAGAAUAUGUAGCCACACGAUGGUAUCGAGCACCUGAACUUCUGGUUGGCGAUACUCAAUAUGGAACUCCAGUUGAUGUUUGGGCGAUUGGUUGUGUAUUUGCUGAACUGAUAAGAGGAGAAGCUCUUUGGCCAGGUAAAUCAGAUGUAGAUCAGUUGUACUUAAUCAGAAGAACUCUUGGGGAUUUGCUACCUCGUCAUAUGGCAAUUUUCCAGCAAAAUGAAUUUUUUUCUGGCGUUACUCUACCCACACCCCAGUCAGUAACAACACUUGAAGCAGUUUUACCAGUAACUUCUAGCUCUCCAAUACAAAUAGAUUUUUUAAAAAAAUGUCUAGAUAAAGAUCCAGAUCAAAGAUGGACAUGUGAUCAAUUAUUACAACAUGUAUAUUUUGAAAAUUUUCAAUUCAAAAUCCCGAGUGAUGACUUGGAAGAAGCAGAUAAAUUGAGAAAAUAUCGAAAUCGAUCUAGAAAUUCCAAUUACAAUCAAAUGGUGUUACCUCAAUUAACUUCCAAAGGGGCAUAUCACAAUCAACAUGAAAGUAGACCAAAGAGUUCUUCUUUUCAACAACAUCAAGAUUUCGAUCACUUACCAACUAUACGUGGUUGUAAUUAAUAUUUUC